AUGCUUCCCCAGCUGCCAAACGAGUUGAUUGGAACGGUACUCGGUCACCUACCCCGUCGCGAUCUUUUCAACAUUGCACUAUGUAGCCGCUUAUUACACUCUCUUGUGAUUCCAAUUUUAUAUUCAAAUAUAGAAUUGCGAGUAGUGAAUAAGUUCAAUACAAAGUUAGGGAAAUGGGUGAACUUGGUGGACCCUGAGUUGACGCAACUCCUGCUUCACGACGAGCGAAAAUAUGGAAAGUAUAUUCGAAGGAUUCGGGUGGUCUCAGGCCAGGGUGCUGCACCAAAUGUAGAGAUGGAAAAGAAAAAGGAAAUUGAUGGUGAUGAGGGCGAAGAAGAAGAAGGGGAGGAUGGGGACGGGGGGGACGAUGAGCACGCAUCCGUGGAGAGUAGUAUAGCGGUGGAUUCUCGGCCUAGUGAUACAGAUUUUGUGAUUGCAAGUCAAAUAUCAACGCUGAUGGAAAUCGGGGAAGCUCCGUUGACGGGCUUUAAAUGGCUUUUGGACACAGACAUCUCCCCUGAAUUUUUUCAAAGGAUACUAGUCGAAGGGCUUGGGAGCAAACUCUCUACCCUAGAGAUCCUCUCCUAUGGAAGUAACUUGCCAGCACGCAAGUUGCCCGAGGACCGCCUACCUUGUCUCCGAAAGCUUUUGGUACGAGGGGUUUACUCGCCCCAACGUGUAGCAGAACUCCACUACAUCCUCCGCGCGAGUCCGGGGCUGCAAUCUUUUGGCUUUGGGGUUGGCGAAGCGGUUAUCCCUGAGGCAGACUUGAAUUCACGAUUCCGCUUCAGCGACAGCGAAAUAGCAGGAAUUGGUUUGGAAAAUGAUGACUUCGGAUGGGAGAGAGCGCCAACUAAUUGGACCGACUUUAUCGAGACUUGUAUUUUCAAAAACUUACAAAGGCUCCCGCUAAGAGAACUCAUGAUCGAGGAUGUUGGUCUAACGCCCAUAAUGGCAAAACUUCUACCUUUCGGCAGCCUCCGUCACAUGAGCCUUUCGGGUAUAGGAAGUUCGUUCAAUUUCAUUGAAGAAAUUGAUAUGCAAAAAUUACAACUCGAAACUUGCAAUAUUGUAUACGAAAGAUUCGGAGAGAACUGUCUGUUUCGUAAGUUCAUUGGGGAUCUUCAGCCCGGACUUCGUCAUUUGGGGUUUAGGUGUAAGGCCUGGGACGUGGACAUACAUUUAAAUGAGUUAGGUCAUACCCUCGAGGUAGAGUAUCCAGGGAUAUUCUUGCUGCCAGAAGGAUUCACAGAAAAACAGAAGGAUACUUUGGAGACCCUAAUAUUCAAUGUGACCAUACCUGAUUGGAAAGGUGGCCGGGCCACUCCUCCCAAGAAUUUCGAGAUUUCAUCGGAAUUUUCAAAGCUAACGGAAGCCUCUGUUCCCUUGCUAAUGAUAAAUACUAAGUCUAAGAAAAGACUCCCAAAUGGCCCAAUCCCCGGGCCCCAAACGAUUUUUUGGACCUUAAUACCGAUACCUCUGAGCGGUGCAUCCAGAUUACCCAAUCUCCGUACCCUCACCUUAACUCCAAUUUCAACAGAAUACCGAGCAGAUUUCGUCGAAAGUAUUUUCGAAACAGACAUCCAUUUCAAGGGAUGGGUAGAAAUGCAUCAAGAGCAUCUAGUGAAAUAUUUGGAGGAUUUGGUAGGAGAGUACGCGAAUGGAUACAUGCAGGAAUUUGGGAUAGAUCGACAGCCGUCACUCGAAUGGAUCUUUGUGAUCGGGGAAGAAAAUUGCCAUUACGAAGUUGGGUUCAGGAUUGAAUGGAGUCUCGUGAAUGGAGGAUUGAAAUAUGACUCUCGGAUAACCUUGUUACCUGGAACUGACGCUCGAAACUCGAUAAAAACGGAAGAUAUGAGAUUUCGCACCGCCCAGAUCCCAUUAUCGCCACAAUUCGUAGAACACAGGCGUAGUGGCAUAACUCUAAACUCAACAAUUGGUUCCGAACCUCUGCGGUACCUGAUUCAUUCGUUCGAAACUCUACAAUCCGUCUUCUUCUCUCCCGAACGUGGCGAUUACCCUAGUGCAAUCGAUUGGACAGCAGCAGUAGUGCAAACCCAUGCUGUAUCUGCGUUACACAGCAUCCUUCUAUCUCCAUUGCCCAAAAACGAAACCUUAAACAUCAUAGAUAUCUACUUCCCAGAUAUUAUCUCUUUCUACCAUACUCAAAAUGUCGGAUCUCUCAAGUUCCAGGCAUAUGAUGAUAUGCUAUGGGUCGUUUUGGGUUGGCUAGCUGGCGUUCGAUUCCUGGAUGCAUAUUACUACCUUUUCCCCGAAAGUUAUAAUCCGGAUUUUUAUACUUAUCGUAUGGACUUUGCUCUCCGUGCUCGGGAGUUCUGGGUCUAUGCCGAAAAGGGAUGGGACGAGUUAUUUUGCGACGGUGGGAUGAUUUGGAAUCCGAAUUUGCAGCCGUAUAAGAAUGCCAUUACGAAUGAGCUGUUCAUUUCGGCGAGCAUACAGAUGUAUACGACUUUCCCACCGGAAUUUAACCCGCCUGAAUCUUGGGUUUUCUUUGGCGGAGGAGGAGAUGAUGGGAAUGAUAAAAGGAAAGGGCAGAAGAGGGAUGUUGCUUACCUGGAAUAUGCGGUGAAAGCAUAUGAUUGGUUUAAAGGCAGCAACUUCACGAAUGAUGCUGGAUUGGUGACGGAUGGGUUUCAUAUGAGCAGUUAUUGGAAGAGAAAGUGCGAUGAGAGGGAUGAGCAGACAUAUACCUACAAUCAAGGUGUGGUAUUGAGCGGUCUGCGUGCAUUAUGGGAAGAAACGGGGGAUAAAGCUUAUCUUGAAGAUGGAUAUCAACUUAUCGAGAGUGUAAUCGAGAGCGCGGGUAAAGUUGGGGAGAUGGUUAGGGCCGAUGUCUUAGAGGAUCAUUGUGAUAGCUGGGGCUGGUGUAAUCAAGACCAGCAGGCUUUCAAGGGGAUAUUCUUCCAUCAUUUAACAGCCUUCUGCUCGCCGCAUCCUUACACAAAAACCUGGAAAUCAAAGGAUGAGAAACACAGUCCUGAACUCAAUGCUCAUGUUGAAAAGUGCAAAACUUUCUUUCCCUUUAUUGGUCGCAAUUCGAUUGCUGCUUGGACUACCAGACAUCGAAAUUCUUCAGUUUUUGGGAUGUGGUGGUCCGCACCGUUAUUCGAGAAGGACCCAGGGUUCGCCGACAAGCUACAAAGUGGAGACCUAGAAAUGAGAAGAGAUCCCAAUGCAGUAGACCUCGUUAAUACCGACAGAGGUGGUGAUUGGGCAAUCGGUGCCACGGAGGCCGAAGUACAACUUGCAAGAUCUGGGAAGGUAGUUUGGGAAAAAGAGCCGAAGAAUGGAAAGCCCAUAACCCUAAUGAAUAGAAUGGAAGAUGAUUUAAAUGAUAGAUUUCUGGGAAGGACAGUUGAGACACAGACUGGAGGCGUUGGGGUAAUGAGGGCAGCUUGGGAAAUUGGGAGUUUGUUUUUGUAA